AUGGCGGCGUCCUCGGCGAGCAGGUACGCGGCGGUGCUCCACAGGCGCACGCACAGGGUCACGUCCGCGCUGGCGUACGCGGCGCUCGAGUGGGUCCUCAUCGCGCUGCUGCUCCUCAACGGGCUCCUCUCCCACGCCGUCGCCCGCUUCGCCGCCUACUUCGGCCUCAGGCCGCCCUGCCUCCUCUGCUCCCGCGCCGACCGCUUCUUUGGCGCGGAGGAGGAGGACGCUGCCGAUCAGGCGGCGGGCGACGCGCGCUGGCUGCGCGGCCUCCUCUGCGGCGCCCACGCGGCCGAGAUCUCCGGGAUGGGCUACUGCCUCCACCACCGCCGCCUCGUCGCCGACGCCGCCGACAUGUGCGAGGGCUGCCUCUCUUCUUGGAAGAAGGAGAUGAUGAGGGAUGCAGAAGAGGAAGGCGCCGUGGUGUGCUCUUGCUGCAAAGCUCUAGUACAGAUUCCUUCUUCACGCGCGUUCGAGGAUGAUACACACGCGAGGGAAGAUCCUGCCGUACUCGAGAAGACAGCCGAAGAAGAAGAACAAGACCAAGGCUACGUUCUACUGGAUCAAGAAGACCACGAAGACGAAGAAGAGGUGCAGCAAAACGAAGAGGAAGCCCAUGAGCAGCAAGGGGAGAUUAAGGUGGCUGCCGUGGAGGACGAGUCCUUGGAAUUCAUGGCUCAGGGCGAAGAGAUCACGCCCGUCGACGACGAUCGGUUGGUGCCGGUGGUGGCACUGGAUGAGAUGACAAUUGCCGACGAUUCGGGUUUGCAUCCGGAUGCCCCUAGCUCUGAGGAGGAUGACAUGAAUCGUACAGACGAUGAGCGUGAUCCGGAUGAUCUUGAUGCCGCAGUGGUUCUGGAGGAGAAGAGGAUGCUGGCUUCUUCGGUUGCAACGAUGCCUGCCAUGACUGAGAAUUCCGUUCCACAAGAUGAUGAACUGGUUCUUGAAGAUACUGUCGAAACUGGAGAUUUCAGGACUGAUGAAGGAGACAUUCUUGUGCCUCAAGCCACUGAAGCAAUUCCUGAAGAUGGCAGCAAAUCGGCAGAGGUGGAGACUAACUGCGAGGUGUCAAUCGGGGGCGACAUUUGCGAGCAGGAGCAAGAUGGCCAUGCUGCUCCAUUUCAAGAACUGGUGGCGCUAGAGGAGCUGUUUUCUCCAUUGGAAUAUGCAGAUGACCGGACAUCACCACUGGAAAUCCUCCAUGAAACAGCCCCAGCUGAUCAAGGUAAAGCAAGUGAAGCAGAGCAUGAGGUGACGGCCAGCCAGAGAUUUGAGUACCAAUCGAAUGGCGAGAACGAGGAGGACGAAGACAGGGCACCGGAGACACCCACCUACAGCUUUGCUGCCCAAAACUCCGGCAAAAGGUUCUUGCUCGAGAGGAAGCGGUCACUGUCCUUGUCCUUGGAUGGAAGCGUGUCGAGCGAGGUCGAGUGCGCCGAACCUUCCACCGUCGAUCAGCUGAGAUCCGCGCUGCAGGCAGAGCGAAAGACGCUCAGCGCUAUGUACGCCGAGCUGGAGGAAGAGAGGAACGCCGCCGCCAUCGCGACCAACCAGACGAUGGCGAUGAUCAACCGGCUGCAGGAGGAGAAGGCCGCCAUGCAGAUGGAGGCGCUGCAGUACCAGAGGAUGAUGGAGGAGCAGUCGGAGUACGACCAGGAGGCGAUGCAGCUGCUGACCGAGCUGGUCACCAAGAGGGAGAGGGAGAAGCAGGAGCUGGAGAGGGAACUGGAGCUGUGUAAGCAGAAGGUGCUGCACUACGAGGACAGGGAGAGGAGGAGGAUGCCAGCCUUCAAGGACAAUGCGCGUAGUACCAACGGCAACGGCACCUCCGAGUCGUCCAGCGGCGAGGAUAGCGAUGAGAAUUCCGAUGACUCCUGCGAGCUGGGCGAGUCUCCGAGCGGCAAUCUUCAGAGCUCGCCGGACGCUGUUCUUAGCCCCAGGGCGGAUCAAGAGAACGCCGGUCAUCUUGUGGCGCUGGAUGAUUCCUUGACGUACAUGGAGAUGGAGAGGCUGUCUAUCUUGGAGGAGCUCAAGGCACUUGAAGAGAGGCUCUUCACGCUGGAAGACGACGAUAUCAACGGCAGCAAUGCGGCUGCUGACCGUUCCUCGGACGAUUACGGUAUGUCAGCUGAUGGUCCGCAUUCACCGGGGAAUGGUCUCGCCGGCAACAAGGCCAGGUUUGAAGGCAGAGCUUCUGUUUCCAGAGGAAAGAGCCUUCUGCCUCUCUUUGACGCAGUCGGUGACCGGAACUGCGAUCGUCCAUCAUCCACAGAGGCUGAUGAUUUGACGAAACCGGCCGUCGCCGUGUUUGCGAAAGAGCAAGAGAGGCUGGCGAUCAUAGAGGAGGUUGAUCAUGUGUACGAGAGGCUGCAAGCACUGGAGGCGGACAAGGAGUUCCUCAGGCACUGCAUCAAGUCCCUGAAGAAAGGGGACAAGGGCAUGCACCUUCUCCAGGAGAUCUUGCAGCAUCUUCGCGAGCUCCGGAGCGUGGAGCUUCAUGCCAAGCACGCCGGUGAUGCCAUUGCCACAAAGUCAGCAUAG